AUUUCCGAGGGUACAGCGGCAGUGGUAGAGCAACGAGGUAUCAUGGACGCCAUAGUGGGAGUCGAACUUACUACCGUACAGUGGAUCGAUGAGGAGCGAGAAAUCGUUCGUACUGUCGCCUUGCGCGGGGUAGCGUCGAGAGACUGCCGAAGCUUCGCCACGGGUGCUCUCCGCAGCGCUGAACGUGCUCUCUUCCCCAGCAGCGGCCACGCUACAAAGCUCGUGCGCAGCUGGUUAGCAGUGCGAGUAGUACUAGUCGCAGCCGGUACCACGGCUGUUCGCAGGUCCUAGAAGAGUUUGUGCCACGGGUUCGCCAUCGGACGAUAUUUUAAUCGCCUGAUCGGAGAGAACCUCUUGUGGAGUAGUCGUUCUAAGGCUACUACUACUAUCGUCAGUUGUGAGCCCCCUGGGCAGCAUCACCGAUACUAGCAGUGGCAGCAGCGCCGCACAUCAUCGCGCUAGAUGGUGAUUUUUUCGAAUUCUCAAAAAGCACAUCGUCGCUAAACGCGUAUCAUCCCCGUAACCGCUGCUUCUACGAUCAUUACUAGUAACACUCCGGUAGUGCCGUAUUAGUACCGCACGCCCUCUCUCUGCCACGUCAUCAUGGCCACGCUCCUCUCCGUGCCCACGCUCGUCAACGUGGGUCUCUCGUUCCUCAUCCCGCCGCUCGGGCUGCUGCUGCUCAUCCCGCUCGCCAUCGUGCUCAACGUGUACCACUGGGCCGCGCUCUCCGCGCGCUGGCUGCUGCUGCGCGCGCCCACGCCGCUCUCGUGGCGCUACUCGUCGCGCGACAAGGUGGUCGUCAUCACAGGCGCGUCGUCGGGCAUCGGCGAGUACAUGGCGCUUGAGUAUGCGCGCAAGGGCGCGGCGCUGGUGCUGGCGGCGCGCAGGGAGCAGCGCCUGCGCGCCGUUGCUGACGAGUGCCUGCGGCUGGGCGCGCCUGACGUGGCGGUGCAGCGCGCUGACGUGUCCACGGAGGAAGGGUGCCACGCGGUGAUCAAUGCCGCUGUGGAGCACUACGGGCGGAUCAACGUGCUGGUGUGCAAUGCGGGCACGGCGCACCCGGGGCUCUUUGAGGACGCAGACGACCACAGCAGCCUCAGAAGCAGCAUGGACAUUGACUUCUGGGGCAACGUGUGGCCCACGGUGUUCGCCAUGCCGUACCUGCGCAGGAGCCACGGCCAGGUGGUCGUCACUGCGUCCGUGGCUGCCUACCUCACAUACCCGCGCCAGGCCAUGUACAAUGCGGCCAAGGCAGCGAUAGUGCAGUUCUACGACACAUUGCGGGCGGAGGUGCACCCUGAGGAGGUGGCAAUCACUGUGGCCAUGCCGGGCUUCGUCAAGUCCGAGCUCACCACACGCGCCGACGCCUCUGCUCACAUCCCCUGGUGGUGGCCCAUGCUCUCCACCCCCGAGGCCGCGCGCAUCAUCGUGCGCGCCGCGGAGCUGCGUCAGCGCCACGUCAUCGUGCCCUUCUGGUACAGCGCGUGGCUGCUGUACCGCCUGUUUGCCACCCAGGUUAUGGACUGGGCGCAACGCGUCAUGCUGCUGGGCCGCGCGCCCUCGCGGUUUGUCAAGGGAGCGCUGGCAGCAGCGGUUGGGGAGGAGGUGGCGGUUUGGCUGUUCCAGAGUGUUGGUGGUAUGCCGGUGAAGGGGAAGGGGAAGGUGGGGUGAGGAGGGGGGGUGCUGCUUCAGGGGGGAAAAUAUACAUAACCCAGUGAA